AUGGCCCCUCGCGGGAGGAAGCGCAAGUCCGAGGCCGCCGAGGUCUGCCCUACAGGGAAGCGGGGGGAGCCGGCGGACAGCGGGGAGGGUGCGGCGGAGCCCCAGGUGGUCAUCGAGCACUGCACCAGCUGACGCGUGUACGCGCGCCAGGCCGCCCUCCUGAGCCAGGCGCUGCGCGUGGCGGCCCCGCAACUGGCGGUGGCGGUGAACCCGGCGCGGCCGCGGAGGGGUAGUUUUGAGGUGACUCUGCGACGCGCGGACGGCAGCGGUGCGGAACUCUGGACCGGAAUUAAAAAGGGGCCACCGCGCAAACUCAAGUUCCCGGAGCCGCAGGCGGUGGUGGAGGAGCUGAAAAGGCAUCUCGCGUAG